UUACUUUGCAAUAUGGAAGUCAAUGAGGAUCAAGUUGAAUGGGUCACUGAUGUAUAUGGGAUCUUACUAUUACAGGGAGUGGAUGUCAAUAACAAGCAAAGGACAAAGAAUGGAUGAUAUAAACAUCUUAACAAUUUUCAAUGUCCUAGACCUGUCAAACAAUCUUUUUGAAGGAAAGAUUCCUGAAGUGAUUGGUGAUCUCAAGUUGCUAGAGGUACUCAAUCUGUCUACAAAUAAUCUGAUAGGUGAGAUCCCACUAUCUUUAUCAAAGUUGACAUUGCUUGAGUCCUUAGACCUCUCAAAAAACAAGCUCAUAGGUGAGAUCCCAAUGAAACUAUUAAGCUUGACAUUCCUAUCGGUUCUCAACCUUUCGUAUAAUAGGUUAGAGGGGAAGAUUCCAAUAGGGAAUCAAUUUUCUACCUUCGCUAAUGAUUCCUACGAGGGAAACAUUGGGUUGUGCGGGUUCCCAUUGUCAAAGAAUUGUGAUGAUGUUGAAGAUCAUCAGUCAUCAGGAGCUCAACGAGAAAGCAUCCUUUCGGAUCCAAUUAGUCCAUUUAGUUGGAAAUUUGCUUUGGUUGGAUAUGGAUGUGGGGCGCCUGUGGGAGUUGCCAUUGGUUACAUCUUGUUUUGGAGGACCAAGAGAUGCACUAAGUGGAUUGAACAAUCAUUCAAGGCAAAGAAACGGCAGAAAAAUGAACAGAAUCGAAGAAGAAGGAGAAAGUUCAAGUAGAUGGAACAAAUGGUAGAAAUAUGUAUAAUAUGCUCUCUUUUUUUAUAGCAUAACUUUUUAGGACAA